GUCCAGGCGGAAAGAGCCAAGUUUAUUAUGAGGACUAUAUGCUCUAGAGACCUCGGGCUAGGCGGCUCUUAGGGGGCUUUUCAUAAAACAGGGCCAGGCUCCUAUAAAGGAGGCCAGUUUUGGAGCGGGCGCCGAGCAGUGAACAUCUACCCAACAACCGUCCAGCCUCCUUCCUUCCUUCCUUACCAUCCAGUCCUAAACCAAACCAGUCUCCUCGUCUCCCCUCCCUUCCUCCUCAGACCGCGCGUCCUCCUCAUUUUUUGUAAUUUUUUUUUUUUUUUAGUUCCUAUUAUUUUUCCGUCGACCCCACUUUUGGUUGGCGUUUUUUUCUUCUUCUUCUUUCUUUUUCCCUGGAAGUGCACCUCUCCAACUCCACCGAGCCUUCUCAAAUGUAUAAAAUGGAGUAUUCUUACCUAAAUUCCUCCGCCUACGAGUCAUGUAUGGCCGGGAUGGACACGACGAGCCUGGCAUCGGCCUACGCGGACUUCAGCUCGUGCAGCCAGGCGAGCGGGUUUCAGUACAAUCCCAUCAGGACCACUUUCGGCGCCACCUCCGGCUGCCCGUCCCUCACGCCGGGCUCCUGCAGCCUGGGGACCCUGCGGGACCACCAGAGCAGCCCGUAUGCCGCAGUUCCCUACAAGCUGUUCACGGACCACGGCGGACUGAACGAGAAGAGGAAGCAGCGGCGCAUCCGGACCACGUUCACCAGCGCCCAGCUGAAGGAGCUGGAGCGGGUGUUCGCCGAGACGCACUACCCGGACAUCUACACCCGGGAGGAGCUGGCGCUCAAAAUCGAUCUGACCGAAGCCAGAGUGCAGGUGUGGUUUCAGAACCGGCGCGCCAAGUUCCGCAAGCAGGAGCGCGCGGCUGCAGCGGCCGCGGCGGCUGCCAAGUCCAAUUCCGGGAAGAAGUCCGACCCCAGAGACGACGACAGCAAGGAGAGCAAGUCCACCGACCCCGACAGCACCGGGGGACCGGGCCCGAACCCGCUGCCAAACUCCAACUGCGGCGGACCGAGCCCCACCGGCGGGCAGCAGCAGCAGCAGCAGCAGCAGGUCAACACCACCGGGAACGGACAGGUGGUGGACCAGGUGAAGAACUCGGUGUCCAACGGCGGCAUGGGGGUGACGGCGGCGGGCCAGGGCUGGGCCACCGCCCCGGGGACCAUCACCUCCAUCCCGGACUCGCUGGGCGGGCCGUUCGCCAGCGUGCUGUCGUCUUUGCAGAGACAGAACGGAGCCAAAGCGACACUAGUAAAGACCAGCAUGUUCUAAUGACAGCAAGCAGAGCAGAAGGAAAGGGGACAACGUUUUCCUCCUUAUCUCCGGAGACUGAAAGGCAAAUUGCCCUGCAAGACAGACAAUAAUGGACAAUAACACGCAGUUUAAAAAAAGAAAAAGAUGACAACAACUCCUCUUUGUUAUUUUUACUUUUACCGCCUUGCAACGUUUUUCUCGUGGCCCAGUUUAACACCUCCGCUGUAAAAUAUCCAUCUUGGCAAGUCAUACUGUCUUAUAUAUAUAUAUAUAUAUAUAUAUAUACAUAUUUUCUUUCCUUAAAAACAAGUUGGGUGAAAUGUUUCCAGGGCCUGAAUAUCCCGAGGAAAGACAUUUUUUUUCACUAUACU